CUGUUGCAUAAUUGACAAAGGCAAGCGCGUUCACCAAACGGAGAGCAAACAAAGCGGAAAAUGUACAAUUUCAAGAGAACGGAAAACAAGUGUUUGCGCAACGAAAUUUGUUUUCGAGAAAUUUAAUUUCCUUCAAAAUUAAAGUUGCAUUACUCGAUGCCAACCUAUCGAUAGUCGGGGUUCGAUAGCGUUCGAGAGAAGCAGCUUCAGGUUGUGCAGGUUAUGUUGCCAGUGUGGCGUGGUUCGCGCGCGCGGCCGUGAGCAACGUUGUCCGAGUACGAUGUUAGAACGUAACGUCAGGUAGUUCGCAGGUGGCAGUUGACUGUGCCGACCGCUUGCUUUAAUUCAUAUUUCCGUGCGAGAAACGACAGCGUCGACAACGAUGGACGAUCAAGCGUGCCCGCGGUGUAAGACCACCAAGUACCGGAAUCCAUCACUGAAGAUGAUGGUGAACGUCUGCGGCCACACAUUGUGCGAGAGCUGCGUGGACCUGCUCUUUUUGAAAGGCUCCGGGUCCUGUCCAGAAUGCAAGAUUCCACUGAGGCGAACGAACUUUAGGAUUCAAAUGUUCGAGGAUUCUAUGGUGGAGAAGGAAGUGAAUAUAAGGAAGCGUAUCCUACGGGAUUUUAAUAAGAAGGAGGAGGACUUUGCCACAUUAAGGGAGUACAACGAUUAUUUAGAGGAAAUCGAGACGAUAAUAUACAACCUGGCCAAUAAUAUCGACACAAUUGAGAUGAACAAGAAGAUAGAGCAGUAUAAAAAGGACAACAAGGAGCAAAUAGCGAAGAGUAAACUGAAGCUUGGCAGAAACGAGUAUGAACUGGAGGAGAUGAUAGAAUUGGAGAGACAGAAGGAGGAGGAAAGGAGGAUAGAGUUUGUCAAGGAGGAGGUCGAGGCGAAGAAGAAAAAGAUUCGCGAGAAGGAAGCGCUGAUCGACGAGCUGAUGUUCUCCGACGCGAAUGCGAAAAAUAUCGUCGAGUCGUUCACUACCGCGAUACAGGCCCAGAAGAAGGAGGCGAAAGCUGCCCAAGCCGCCACCGUUAGGGCGACUCAGUUCAGCACGGGAAUUAAAUUUGGUAAUCAGGGAAAUCAGAACUACUCGGUGCCAAAGAUAGAAGAGGGGCCUCUCUACACUUACACGCCUAUCCGGCAGCAGGUGGAAGGCCCGUCGCCGCCUAACUGGCGAGAGCUUCAAGCUCGCGGAUACGUCUCGCACAUACGUAACGAAUGUCAGAUGGAGAGAGCGGGUGGAUUCAGAGCACACGUCGCGUGCCUACGAGCGUUGCAGGAAGCGAUGGCCGGCUUGUAUCACAAUCCAUCGCAACGGCAAGCGGAAUUCGCGACUGUAUGACCACGCAAGAUAUUUUCAACAACGAAUGUGAUAUGCCCCUGUUUGUCCUAACUUUUUCAGUUGAAACAUCAAAUUACUUCUUCAAUUAGCUGUCGAAUUAAGAUCAUUGUGGUUUGUCACACACAUGUUGUCAAUGUCAACGUCGGAAUUUGUCGUGCAGUGACAGUGCCUUGAGUAUAAAUUGAUGCGUAUAUGACACAUUAUAGCUCAUAUUGCCAAAGCACUUCUGUCGUCAGAGAGAUAAUUUUCUGCUCUGUUAAAUGUAUAUACAUAUAUAUAUAUCAUUUUUAAGAUGAUUUUGUUAUUUAGUUAAAAUAUCGUAUUUAGAGUGGUAUAUAUUCCUUUUUGCGAUCAGAGGUAAUGGCAGUUUUUCCGAAACAAAAACACACUCUAUUACGCUUAACGAAAUGCAAUGUAAAAUUAAUAUUGUUACUGGCAUCGAAAUAUUGUGUAAUAUAUGUAUAUGAAUAUAUAUUACAUAAUAUAUAAUUCUGAAAGAAAUAUAAUAAACUUUUGUGAUUUAUACGUCGGUGUUGUUUGCGGGAAAAAGAUGGCCCCAUUUAUACUUUGAAUUAUUUGUAAUUUAUCUCAAUUUUCACUUUAAUAAUUUAUCAUUAUUGUGGCUUGUAAUCAAAUGCUUUUCAAACCCUUAUCUACUGUUGCUCGUAUAAAUUUCUCUAUCAGCUCCACAGAUGGCAGCGUUAGCCUCGUAAUAUAUUAAGAGGCAAAAAUUGGCAAACAGGCUUGCCAAAAAAAUGCCAAUAGGCUUUUUUCUCGAUAAAAACAUGGACCAGAAAUGUCAAAUAGGUGCCUGUUUCUACUAGCUGUAUUUCACUUUUUUAACAAAAACAAGAAACAAAAAUGUUAUCACCAAAAUGUAUAAGACGCAGGAAGCAUAUUUUUCUAAAUAGCUAAUUUAUGGAAAAAUUUGACAUAAAUAUUAACGAGAAAUGUUACAAAGUUAUUAGAAUUUGUAUGAAAAAACAUACAGUGGUAACGAAAUGAUUUUUCUACGUUAUUCCACGACAGCCAAAAUAAAUGUUCAUUUAGUUUAAUCUUUACUUUCCUAAACUUUUAAAUUUUCCAGAGAGCUUUUGUGUUCGAGUUUAUUUUAACGGUUUCAAUUAGUAAGUUCAAUAAAUAAAUUACAUAAAUAUUUCCGUUGAUAAGUAAAUAUUAAAAUAUAAAUGAAUUCCGUUAUGUUAUUGUAGCGAGAAAACACAGGACCUUUAAUUGUUUGUAUAUUUUUGUUUAAAAAUAACAUGAAAUGUGAUUUUCACUUUCCGUACGCCAGAUUAAAUAUUAUCGCGUUUCAAAAAAAUACAUCGUAACAUACACCAGUACGCUCUCUCGAUUAUCGCAAUGGCAUAUGCGUCGCUUUGUUUCGUAACUUGUAAUUUGCUGUUAUAUAAAUGAAAAGUGGAAUAAUUUUGGUAAAUCCGAGUCUAAUGCAGAAAUUAUCUUUAUGCUUACCACAUGUAAUAACGGAUAAAAUUUGCAUAUCUAUAUCUUAAUAGCAUUGAGACUAAAAGUGGUGGAACACAAAUCUCGUAAUAUGACAUCAUGAUGAUGUCAUAAUGACUUUAUUCAUCACUUGACAAUUAUAUCAACGUCACUUCAAUGUUACUUUGAUGUCGUCAUGAUCUCUCGUUCUACUUGAGUACCUAUCGAGGUUUCAUUUCCACGGUAAUGUUACAAAUUAUGCGUUACACACAACGCGAGCGUAGCUCGAGAUGCGUAGAAGAAAUCACAGAUUAGAAAUCGUUAAUCUUUAUCGAGCGCGUGAUAAAAUUAAAACUUACAAUUCGAAAAAUAGCGACCUUGAUUUGAAUUAAUAUUUAUCGCCGAAGUUGAUUAUUCAAAUUAAUCUUGAUCAUAUAAAAUACUUACAAUUAUAUAUAAUUCGGUGGUUUCAAAAUUUUUUCAAUUUUAAACGAUUGUUAUGUACAAUUCGGUGAUGUGACAUUUGAUAUAAUUGUUAUUUAAACACGAGUUUAGGUUUGUGUAUGAAGAAAGCGAAGUGCAUUGAAAUACCUUCGGUUUGGAUAACGAUAGAUAUUUACGAUAUCAGUAUUGAUUAAACAAUGCUAUUCGUGACUGGGAAAUAACGAAACGAUUGGUCCGUCAAGGAAAAUCUUUCAUUUCCAUUAUUGUAAUGACGAGAAUAAUUUCGCUGUUAUAAUUAUAUCAAUAUGUAACUCAUUUUAUGGAUAACACAACGUACGCGCUGAGUACGGUAUAACUUUGCAUAAAUAAAUGUAACGUUAAAGUUACAAUAUAAAAGUCCACUUCGUUUUCAAAA